AUGGACGACACCGAGGACGACGCCAGGUACCCGCCCAAUCCCCACCACCAUCGGAGCAACUCGUCUACCCAUCUCCACAAUCUCCCUGGCCGGAACUCCGCCCAGGCCCUCCCGCCCCCCCGACGAAGGUACCCGCGCGGCGAGGAGGAGGACGACGACGAGGCGGAGGAAGACGAGGAGGUCGAGGGUUCCGAGGCGGAGGAAGAAGGAGAGCAGAACGAGGUGGAUCAGUCUGCAGAGGACGAGGUCGAGGACGAUGAGGAGGAGCAAGAGGAGGAAGAGGAGGAGGAGGAGGAGGAGGAGGACCGCCGCGGCGGCGGCGGCGGCGGCGGAGUGGGGUCCGGUUACCGGCCGGUCAGAGCGGAGGGGCCUUUGAAGAGGCGGAGGAAGCGAAGGAGACUGGACAGGCUUGCCCUAGGGUUCGAGUUCGCCCCACGGGUGGCUGCUGGUUCCACGCCUUCAGCACCCUCCGCAUCGAGGCUGCCUCCUCGCAAUUCCCCUGCCGACUGGUCGGAGGACUCGACAUUCGUGCUGCUCGACGCCUGGGGGGAUCUCUACCUUCAGAACGGCCGGAAGAGCAUCCGGUCGGAGGAGUGGGUGGAGGUUGCUAAGAAGGUCUCCCAAUCGUCGAGAACUGCCCGCUCUGAGGCUCAAUGCAGGAAUCGGCUCGAUACCCUGAAGAAAAAGUACAAGAAGGAGAAGACGAGGAUCUCAGAGUCCUCCGGUUCGAACACCAAGUGGAUCUACUUCUCCAAGAUGGACUCGCUGAUGUCGCCACCUCCACCCGCGUCCGCCCGGCAGCAGCCGAGGCUCCCCUGCGGCUUCGACUCUGGGGAGUACGUGUUCAUGAACUCCAAGGUUUAUGUGAGCCGAUCGAACGACUUGGACGAGAUGAGAGACAGUCCGGGAGAUUCAGAAUGCGAGGAGGAGGACGACGAUGACGAGUCCGACGGGCUUCCACCAGAGAGGCCCAAGCCCAAGGAGAGCUCGGAGUCGUCCUUCAGGAUGCUCGCCGAUUCCAUCCAGAAGUUUGGGGAGAUUUACGAGAAGAUCGAGGAUAGCAAGCGGCAACACAUGGCCGAGUUGGAGAGAAUGAGGAAAGAGUUCCACGAGGACUUGGAAAUGCAGAAGAGGCAGAUACUCGAGCGAGCCCAGGCCGAGAUUGCCAAGAUGCGACAGGGUUCCGACGAGGAGGAUGACGACGACGACGACGACGACGACGAAGGGGAGGGACAGGAGGAUGACGAGGGCAUCAACAACGAAGACGAGGAGAUUGAUGUUUCCCUGGAGGAAGGGAGUGGUUGA